UAUCGCCACGUCACACUUUCUGGACGAUGGCACUUGUAGCGCUGUUCGUACUCUGUGUGGUCGCCGCGUUCCCAGGCCAGUGCCUGGGCGCUGCUAAUCCCCCUGAGGGGCAAUGCUGCUAUUACAAUUGGGGCGGCCCGAAGAAACUGCACUUCUAUGUCUGUUGCAACAACUGUGACGAGAAUGACGGAGACCCCGUAUGCGGCGGGACUGUCUACGAUAAAGCCAGUGAUGGGGACUACUGCGGUAAAUGCGGGGAAGACGAUGGCAUUGCCCGGAGCAAGAACGAGCCCUUUGACUGUGGGGGCUGCGCAGGCCAAACUACAGUGAAGGCCGUGUGCGAUAGGAGGUACUGGUGGGUUUUCAAGGGAUUUUGCUGGGUCUGGGCUGAUUGCUUUGCACUGCGCUGUAAGAGGCUUUUCCCCCAAGAUGGAGAAGAUAAACAGGCCUUGCUGCAAAGUGGCAGUUACAUGUAUGAUGCAUUUUGUGGGAACGACGAGUGUGAUCCCGGCGAAGACCACUACAACUGUCCUUUCGACUGCUGCCCCAGGUACAACCCGGAGACGUGUAGGCGCGGUUGCAAUUACCAGUGUCCACCGUUAUGCUGUUCGCAACCUGGCUGUUGCAUGGGCUAAGGAAAUGUCAGUAUAAGCAUGGCAUUGACAAGCCAGAAAUGUUAACGUUAACCUGCCAUCCUAAUACAGAAAUUUACUUAGCCGAACAUAUGGAAGGGGAAUAAAAUUACCUUCGCCAAGAAAGUUA